AAGACAGCAGCUGACAGGCUCGCAGAACCGACCCAAAAGCGGCGGCGGCGGCGGUUUGACUCCGCUCGGCGACUCUUAUCCACACAACGCGGACGACGGAGCGGCGACACUUUCCCCCACAAACAUUUGGACCUUUUAGGAGGGACAGCGAGAAGCUUUCUCUCCCAGGCUGUCAGUGUCGAAGUGGCGGACCGGGGGGAGGACCGCGGACGUCGCAAGGACGCGUUGGACUUGGACUGCUUCCGGCUCUGCUCGGCGGCGGCGCGAUGCUGGCCCGGCACGCGAUGCUCCUGGUGGCGCUGCUGAGCCGAAGAUCGGAAGGCAACUUGUUGGACAGCAUUCUGCUUCGGACCGGCUGGAAGGGCGAGUCGGAGGAGAGGGGCGGGGGCGGCGCCAACGCCAACGUCAGCGGCGGGGGCGGCGCAGGGGUCCAAAACGCGCUGUGGUGUCACUGCAACCUGCAUUGCCCUGAAGACUCUUCCAACAACAGUUGCAUGACGGACGGGUACUGCUUCACCAUGGUGGAGGAGGAAGGCGGUCUGGCCACGUUCACGUUGGGCUGUUUGGGACUGGCCGGCUCGGAGUUCCAAUGCAGGGACACGUGGAACGCUCGCUUCCGGAGAGCUCUGGAGUGCUGCAUGGAUCGGGACUACUGCAACAGCAACCUUCACCCUACUCUUCCUCCCUUGCAGAACUCAGAUGUGCACAGCGAUGCUCAUAACUUGGCUCUCUUCAUCUCCAUCACGCUCUGCAGCGUCUUCCUCGUCAUCGUCGUGGUCAUCUGCUACAUCAGGUACAAGCGGCAGGAGUCCGAGCCGCGCUACAGCAUCAACCUGGAGCAGGACGACUCGUACAUCCCUCGGGGCGAGUCGCUCAAGGAGCUCAUCGAACUGUCCCACAGCGUCGGAUCAGGGUCGGGCUCGGGGCUCCCCUUGUUGGUCCAGCGCACCAUCGCCAAGCAGAUCCAGAUCGUGAAGCAGAUCGGCAAAGGGCGCUACGGGGAGGUGUGGAUGGGCAAGUGGCGGGACGAGCGAGUGGCCGUCAAGGUCUUCCUCACCACGGAGGAGGAGAGCUGGUUCCGGGAGACCGAAAUCUACCAGACCUUCCUCAUGCGGCACAGCAACAUUCUGGGCUUCAUCGCGGCCGACAUCAAGGGCACGGGCUCGUGGACGCAGCUGUACCUGAUCACCGACUACCACGAGAACGGCUCGCUGCACGACUACCUGAAAUGCAACACGCUGGACGCCAAGGCCCUGCUCAGGCUGGCGUACUCGUCCGUCUCGGGCCUGUGCCACCUGCACAUGGAGAUCUUCGGCACGCAGGGCAAGCCGGCCAUCGCCCACCGAGACCUCAAGAGCAAGAACAUCCUGGUCAAGAGGAACGGGUCCUGCUGCAUCGCCGACCUGGGCCUGGCCCUCAAGUUUAGCACCAACCUCAACGAGACGGACGUGGCGGCCAACCUGCGCGUGGGCACCAAACGCUACAUGCCCCCCGAAGUCCUGGACGAGACCUUGAACCGGACCAUCUUCCAGUCCUUCCUCAUGGCCGACAUGUACAGCUUCGGCCUGAUCGUGUGGGAGAUGGCCCGGCGCUGCGUUUCCGGAGGGAUCGUGGACGACUACCAGCUGCCCUACUACGACCUGGUGGCCUCUGACCCCUCCUACGACGACAUGAAGAAGGUGGUCUGCGUCAAGCAGCAGAGGCCGGCGUUUGCCAACCGUUGGGCCACAGACGAGUGCUUAUGUCAGGUGACAAAACUGAUGUCGGAAUGCUGGUCGCACAAGCCCCUGUCCCGCCUGACCGCCUUGAGGGUGAAGAAGACCCUCACCAGGAUGUUGGAGUCUCAGGAUAUCAAGCCGUGAGAGAACCGCAACCGCUCCGGCGCAUUUGAGUUUUAGCCCACCUUUUGCGUUGGUCCCGCCUCGCUUUCUGUGAAAGCUGAGUGGCUCUCGAGGGGAGCCGGGGGGGUACGCCAAGCCCUUCGCCCUUCGCCCUGCCCCCAAAAAGCCGCAGAGCAGUAUUUUUACGAGCAGUUUUUUGUACUGUUGACUUUGGCCAAAGAUCACCGUGCUCAGUGACAUUCAUGGAUUAUUAGCAAUCGGAUUAAAUUUAUUGA